UCGUCGAGAAAAGUUGUUGUUGAAUUCAUACAUUUCUUUGAACAUGAAGUUGAUAGUCCUCUUUGUGCUUCUAAGUGUCUUUGUUGGGGUGUUGAGCAGCGUGCCCGAUGAGGUCGACGAUGGGCUAACGACGGUAAACGGCGAAAUGUCAGCAACGAGCUAUAACCGAACAUUAACUCGAGAUAAGAGAGCCCUUCAUUCGAUUUUCGGUAUUUUAAUUGCAGUAGGUAUCUCGUCUAUUGCUGACGAAAGAAGAAUGUUAGACAACAUGGACUUCCAAGAAGUUCGUAACCCGCAACUGAGAAUAAAAGGACUGGUGGAUAGGUUUUAUGAGGAGUUCAACGAUAAAAAUAAAUUUUGCACCCGUAGACUGAAUCGCCGCAAGAGACAGCCAAAUCCCAGUUUGCCCAAUUGCAUCCUACCCAUAUUAGCCAUCGGACUAUCGCGUGGCUUUUACAAUAGAGUGGAAGAAUUAGCUGAAGAACUGCGCGGUAGAUCCGACACCAUGACCACUGACGUGUCCAAUGGCAGACAACCCGUUCUCGAUUAUACCACGAUAACAGCUCCACCCAACCAGGACCAUGCACAACCCAUUGACUUGACCGUCACCAUGCGAGCUAGUCUCACGUAUAAUAACACAGCUCAUACUCCGCGAGCACCUAUUGAUGGAGCGAUUACCAGCCGAAUGCAGGAAAUGGAUUGGUAUCGUGGAGGCAAUCAAAAUACCAAUGAUGAGCGCGGACAUCUUUUGGCGGACUCUCUGGGAGGACCUAGUGUUCCAUGGAAUUUCGUUCCGCAAAGUCCGUCAGUGAAUCGUGGGGUGUCGAUUACAGGUGGUGUUACCUAUUGUUGGUUUGACCUGGAGGAGGAGAUCCGAACACUUCUCCGAGACAAUCAGGACCAUUACAUCAUCUGGACGAUCUUAGUUAGUUAUGGAGGGUUACCAGCCUCGCGCCGCCCGACGGGCUUUAUGAUUUCGAUACGAUUGAUGACUUCCGACCAUCAGUUCAGAAACUAUCGCAUUUUUAUGAUACCGAACGUACCUUCGAAUGCCUGCAAUAAUCCCAGCCAUCCAUACUGGCAUCCGCAAUAAAUGCGGAUUUCAAAAUGAAAUAUAAUAAACUUUUAACAAGAACUUUAUACAU